AUGAAAUUUGGACAAUUAGUUGUUGGCCCAGCUGGUAGUGGUAAAUCAACAUAUUGUUAUGCUAUACAACAACACAUGAAAACAUCAGGAAAAAAUUGUUUUGUUAUUAAUUUAGAUCCAGCAGCAGAAGAAUUUAAAUAUGAUUGUCAUUUAGAUAUAAGAGAAUUAAUUAGUCUUGAUGAUGUUCAGGAGGAUGAAGAAUUGGCACUUGGACCAAAUGGAGGAUUAAUAUUUUGUAUGGAAUACCUUAUGAAUAAUUUAGAUUGGUUGGAGGAAGCUAUAGAUGCUGCUGAGGAUGAUUAUUUUCUUUUUGAUUGUCCUGGACAAAUUGAAUUGUAUAGUCAUUUACCAGUAAUGCCAAAAAUAAUUGAAAAACCAAAUAAAUUUAUUUCUGGUGCUUUAACUACUUUAUCUACCAUGGUUUCUUUUGAAUUACCAGCUAUAAAUAUACUUACAAAACAGGAUCUUUUAACAGCUGAAGAAAAGGAGGUUAUUGACGAUUUUUUAGAAAACAAUGUUAAUAGUAUUAUUGAUAGUGGAAAAUAUACAAAAUGGGAUUUGAAAUAUAAAAAAUUAACUGAAGCCAUAGCAGGUGUUUUGGAUGAUUAUUCUUUAGUCAGGUUUCAACCGUUAAAUAUUAAGGAUGAAGAAUCGAUAGACGAUUUGUUGUUAGUAAUAAAUAAUAAUAUUCAAUAUGAUGAAAAUUUGGAAGUUAAAGAUAGAUAUCCGGAAGAUGACGAUCCUCUUGAUGGGUAUUAA